GUCGUGGCAAAAACCAGACGGGAUGGAGCUGAGUUAUAGAAAAUUAUGGGGGACGGCAAAACUGAGCGUACGGUAAAAACUUUCGAAACGUCGGGGCAUUUUCGCACGGCGACGUAGACGGGUAGCGUCACUUUAACAGGUCACGUGGCCCAACUUUGGCCAAUUGAGUGAAAGAGAGUACAAGUCUGGCUGAGGCGAAAAUGCUCUAGAAGAGGAGUACUCAUGCCCUCCCCUGCCCGACCCGCGCCAGUCUCUAUGCCGUUGCCUCAGAGUGUAUACGUGGGUGAACAAAUAGUGCCUUUUCACAUUUAAUUUAUUUAUAAACAUCCGCUAAUAAACGCGAUUCCGAAUGAGCAAUGCCAAAGAAGCACAACAUCGCAUACGUUAAACCUGACGAGCCCACUUUUUUGAGGAAACUAAAAGAGCAGAUCGGCUACAAAGAAGGGCCCACUGUUGACACCAAACGGGAGGAUUUAGGGCCUGUUGAGGACGAGGAUUUGAGGGACAGUGACGAGGAACAACCUCAAAUCGUGGUGCUGCGCCCCGGCGAUCUCACCGCCGACGAAGCCAAUCAGGAGAAGUUGAGGUUAGAGAAAGAGGAAGAGCAGAAACGGGCCGAUCUCACCGCCCCCGUAGUGUUCAAGAAGCCGACGAAAAAGUCGUCAGAAGGCCAAGAAUCCAGAUCGAAGCGUCCCUUGGAUAAAGCCGAGACCGAAGGAAAGACACAGAAGGCCAAGAAGCUAAGAAACAAAAGCCUGCUCUCCUUUGACGAAGAGGACAAUUCUGAAUAGGGACAAUCGAUCUAAUUCUCUUCGAAUAUGGCGAAAGUGUUGACCGAAAUGGGAGAAGUUGAUGAAGUCAAUUCAAAUGAAGACGGUGUUCUUCUAAAUGGCUCCGCUAUGGAAGUGGACAGUGUCGAUAAAAGCCUGCCAGAUGCUGGAUCUGAUAUUAAAGACGCCAGUCUGGACAGCAAGGACGGAGAAACUGAAAGUAGCAGAGAGGACGCAACGAGUCAGAGUGCUAUGGACGAGGACAGCCAGGACAGCCAGGACAGCCAUGCCAGCCAAGAGAGCGUGGAUGGCAAGAGUCAGAGCAGUCAGGACAGUCAAGACUCCAACAUGGAGGCCGAUCAUGUUCCUGAAGAAAACGGCAGUCUAGGGGAAGAUGUUGCUGCCACCAAUGGCUGCAUUCCCCCAGCUGAAGACAGCGAAAACAGCAACACCAGCAGCGAGAAAAACGAAGAAGAUAGCAGGAGCAGCGGGUCAAGAGCCCCGGAUCAAGACCCACUAAAUGACGAAGCCAGCGAGAACAGCCAGGACGGGACAACUGAUGCGGAUAAGAAAAGCGAAAACGGCGAAAAAGAAGUCGCCGAAGAGCCUUCAGCCGAACUUGUGCCCAUACCUUCAGCAAUAACCGGCGAAGUUACGCUGGAAAAGCUGGGAAAAAGCGAAACCGUUAAAGGUCAGGACACCAUUGAGCUUAACAGUGAGGAUGAAGGGGACGUUCUCUUUGUCAACGACUCUAAAACAAACGGCACCGAAGUGAUUGACUUGGUAGAGAGUCCAGAAAAGAGUCUUCCCGAUAACUCCGACAAAGCGCAGCUGGAGGCGGCGGCGCCCAGGAGAAGCUCUCGAAAUGUCAACAAGAGCAGAAGCUACGUGGAGGAGAACGAGAAGGAGGACACUCCGCCUCCUGCGCGACCUGCCGCCGAAUCCGAGGAGUCAGACAUCGAGGAGGUUCUACCGCAGGAUCCUUUAGCUGUCAAUGACCAGAUAACAGUGGAACGCAUUCCGAGCAUCAAAAAGAAACAGACGGAAAACUCGUCGACGAUAGUGGUGAAAGACACUAAGCGCUUGGUCGAGAUUGCCUCAAAGUCCUCGCCCAGCCACUCGACGCAUCCCAGCGGCAAAAAGGAGCCCACUUUGGUCAUCAUUGACACCAAUGCGAUACUCUCAGGUCGCGGAGCAGUUCCGGUUCCCUCCAAGUCCUCCCAGUCGCUUUCCUCCUCAAACUUCGCCAGUGUUCUGCCAGUAGCGGUGCCCGCACAAGGCAUGUAUCCGGCCAAUAUGCGAGCCACCAUCACUCCAAUUCCAUCGAGCGGCAGCUCCAAAUCGUCGCCCAUUAUGGCCUCCUCUUUGCAACCGGCCACGCCGCCUUUGUUGCCCACGUUGACUGACGACAUGUUUGUAGUGGAAGCUCCUUCCUUUAUUGUACCGUAUGUUUACGAAAAGCCGCCAGUCAAGGUGUUGAAGGAGUUCGUGGUCAACAUAAAGAAGAUGAUCCAGAGCAGCAAGCAGGAGAAAAGAGAGCGAAAGGAGAGGAAGGACAAAGGUGACAAAGCGAAAGAUGAUGCCGACAGUGAUACGUCCUACAGCAGUGAAGAGGACAGCGAGGAGGAGAAGGCUGAGGUGGAGACGAAAAAGUCCAACUCCUACUUCGAAAGUCCGCUAGGCAAGUUCUUCAUGGACAUCGGCUUUAAUAUGGUGCAAGAGUAUGUUCAGUCGGAUCUCUUGAAGCAACAAAAGCGUAAGCGCGAUAGAGAGCAGGGCGCUAAUCCCGAAACGAACAAGACCAUUUCGUCCCUGAUCAAGAACAUCGAGAUGAGCAAAGGAAACAAUGAGCAUUUCAAAAUGGAGAUCAAGAAGUGCGAAUUCUGCAACUUCAAGACGGAGUCCAAGUUGGCAAUGUCUUACCACUUGGAGACUCCCCAUAUGAAGAACUUUGUAUACAAGUGCAACUUCUGCGUAUAUGAAGUGCGGAGCCCCCACGAUAUCCUAUUCCAUAUGGAGGCGGAACAUGCCGUGAGAGGACAUCUGGAGAGAGCCCCAGCCUUCCACCAGUGCCCAUCGUGCCCGUUCGAAGACAACCAAAAGGGGAAACUGUCGCGGCAUUUAGUGGUGUGCGCCCGCAAGUUCAAACCUGACCGCAAUCUGGAGCCGCCGCCAGACUGGGAGCCGCCAGCGAAAAUCCCGCGGAUGCCCAAAAUGCGCGCCACUGGCCUGAACGCCACUGUGGCAGCCUACCAGACCUUAGCGGCUAAUAAAGGGGCCCAACAGUACCAGUUUUUAUCAAAAAUGCAUCUGCAGGCUAACGCCGCCUCCUCUUCCGCCCUGAAUCGAGGACGCGGCAGGCCUUCUUUGGGGCCCAACGUUAAGGGGCAGUCCCUAAUCAGACCACAAGGCAUGAUCUUCAAACAACAAAGCGGAGGGCAGGUUUUGGUGCCUGCCAAUUAUCAGCUGAGCGGAAGCCAAGUUUUCCAGGACUUGGAACAGUUACGGAACCAUAUGCAAUGGAUUCACAAGAUCAAGAUUCAUCCAAAAAUGAUUUAUAAUAGGCCCCCGUUAAAUUGCCAGAAAUGCCAGUUCCGGUUUUUCACUGAUCAGGGGCUGGAAAGACAUUUAUUGGGGUCUCAUGGUCUUGUGACUUCCAGUAUGCAGGACGCAGCAAACAAAAGCAAAGAUUCGGGACGUUGCCCGGUGUGUGGACGAGUGUACCAGUGGAAGUUGCUGAAUCAUGUAGCAAGAGACCACAAUAUGACUCUCAAACCGGCACAUUUGUCGUACAAAUGUACAGUGUGUACCGCCACAUUCGGUAUGUACAAGCAGUUUGAGAACCAUGUUUAUUCGGCGCACAGUGUGGUCGCCAAGAGGGUGAUGGACAAGAAAACUACCUCAACAGCAGCACCUUCAGGUCCAAAGAAUGCUGAACUGAAGCCGUUGAAAAUCAAUGACGAGAUUACGAUAAUUCCCCAACCGCCUAAGUCGACUAAUGGCGCGAGCAAAGAGAGUAGUUCUGCCCAAAAAAAUGCGCCGAGCACUAGCAAAAAUGAUGGCGACGCAUCCACAUCAUCUAGAGCGGAACGUUUCGCCCGAAGAAACGCUGGCCCUUCGGAUGUCGACUGAAAAACCGUAGACCGAUUGAUUCAACAUAGCGGUAAAACCCUAUUUUAAUAUUAGACGAGUUUUCCUUGGUUUGUUAGUGUAAAUAACUGGCAAAUAGUUUGAUGAUGUAAAGGAACAGUUUUGGCAAAAUCGCUAUUUUUCUUUUGCAAUAAAAUAUGAUUUAUGAAA